CCAUAGAAUUGGGAAAAACAGUACCUGUGCUACAUAGCUACAUGGAUUUGAGACCCCAGUAAGGAUGCAAUUGUGCUGUGAAUCCGUAAAUGUCUCUUGCAUAAGGAGCAGCUGGUCAAACAGCAUCCGUAUUUCCAUGUACAUCUUCAUGGUUUGCAUUAUUCUGGCCACAGUGGUUGGAAAUCUGACAGUUAUCAUCUCAAUAUCACAUUUCAAGCAGCUCCACACGCCUACAAAUUUCCUGAUACUUUCAAUGGCUACGGUAGACUUCCUGCUGGGAUUCUUUGUCAUGCCUUGCAGCAUGGUGCGCUCUGUUGAGCACUGCUGGUAUUUUGGGGACUUCUUCUGCAAGAUCCACUCGAGCAUGGACAUUAUGCUGAGCACAGCUUCUAUCUUCCAUCUUUCCUUCAUAUCCAUCGACCGUUACUAUGCUGUGUGUGACCCUUUAAGAUACAAAUCAAAGAUAAAUACUUUUGUCGUCGUGGUCAUGGUAUGUGUAAGCUGGAUGGUCCCUGCUGCUUUUGCUUUUGGGAUGAUCUUUCUAGACCUAAACUUGAGAGGGGCAGAAAAGAUUUAUAAUCAUGUCCACUGUGCAGGAGGAUGCUUUCUCAUUUUUAGUGAAACUUCAGGUAUUGUGGCCUCCAUAGUGUCUUUUUACAUCCCUGGAUUUGUUAUGCUAUGCAUCUAUAGGAAAAUAUACUCUGUAGCCAAGAAGCAGGCAAGAUCCAUCAAUGCAAUUAGCAGAAAAAAAAUGCAAUUUGAAAUGAAGCAUCACAUUUUUUUCUGCAGAGAAAGGAAAGCUGCUAAGACUUUAGGCCUCAUAAUGGGAGUGUUUCUCAUCUGCUGGUCUCCAUUCUUCUUCUUUACAGCUACCAAUCCAUUUUUGAAUUAUGUGAUACCUCCUGUUCUCAUUGAUGCUUUGGUUUGGUUCGGCUAUUUAAAUUCUACACUUAACCCAAUUGUUUAUGCAUUUUUUUACAUGUGGUUUCGCAGAGCAUUGAAGAUUAUUCUGUUAGGGAAAGUUUUUCAACAGGACUCUUCCAGGACUCAUUUGUUCUCAGACUAA